AUGUUAUUAUCACAAGUAACAGAAAUUGAUCCUGACAAUAUUGAUCCAUCUUCAUCAACAUUACAAUGUCGAAUACAAUAUCUUGAUGAUAUUGAUCCCUUUUCAAGUGUCAAUCUACCAGAACCAGCUCGACCUCCGUCCUUUACAUUUUUGACAUCAACUAUUUUAAGUAAUCAAUUACAUAGUGUACAUAAAGUUCUUAAUGCACCACAUCAAAUUUCUGAUUGUACACUUGAAUUAUGUCGACAAGAUGGAACUAAAACAGAAUUUGGACCAUAUCUUGAAUUAGAUCAAACAUUAGAUGAACAACGUGAAGAAAUUGAAACUUUUACACAAGGAUAUAAAUGGUCAAUUGUUCUUCGUACACAACUGAAUGUUCGAGUUCAAGCUUGUAUAGAUAAAUUAUUGAAUUCAGAUGGACGUGAAUUACGAAGAUCAUUAUUUUCAUUGAAACAAAUUUUUCAAGAUGAUAAAGAUCUUGUACAUGAAUUUGUUAAUAAUCAAGGUUUACAAUGUUUAAUUAAAAUUGGUGGUGCAGCUGAUCAAAAUUAUCAAAAUUAUAUUUUACGAGCACUUGGUCAAUUAAUGUUAUAUGUUGAUGGAAUGAAUGCUGUUAUAAAUCAAAAUGAAAUUGUUCAAUGGCUGUAUUCAUUAGUAGAAUCAAGUUUUAGACUUGUUGUAAAAACAAGUUUAAAACUUUUAAUUGUAUUUGCUGAAUAUACAGAAUCAAAUGCUUUAUUAAUCAUAUCAGCUGUAACACAAAUUGAUCAGUCAGCUAAUCGUUUAUUAUGGUCAAAUGCAAUGAAAAUAUUAAAUGAAAUGGAUAAUUCAUCAUCAGAAGUUGUUUUAUUAAUAAUUACAUUAUUUAAUACACUUUUAUCAGCUAUACCUGAUCAAGAUACAUUUUAUGAUAUGACUGAUGCAUUAGAAGAACAAGGAAUGCAUCGAUGUUCACAAUUUUUUCUAAAUAGAAAACCAAUUGAAGCUGAUCUUAUUGAACAAUUUCAUAUCUAUGAUGCUACUCUUCGACGUGAAGAUGGUGAAGAUGAUGCAACAAUUGCUCAAUCAAUAAGGCGUACACCACGUACAAAAUCUACACUUGAUCGUAUAUCAUCACGUCAUUAUUCAUCUGUUGAUUCAAAUUGUUCAUAUGAUAAUCAACAAGAACCUAGAAUAAUUUCUAAUAAUAAUCAAGAUAUUUGUCAAAAUCAUUCGGAUUUAACCGAUUCAACAUUGCCACAAUAUGAUGAUAUGAUCAUGUCAUCGAAUGAACAAGAUGAUUCAACCGUAUCAUUCAAUGUUGAUAUAGAUGAUAAUGAUGAUAAUGAUGAGCGAAAAACACGAGUUAAAAGUAUGAUUGAUAAUCGACAAAGUAUUCGACGAAGUUCAUCGCAUACAUAUCAAACUCCGAUUUCAUCGUUUCAAAAAAAAGAACAAGAAAUAUCAAAACCAUUACCGGAUACUACAGCUCUUCGUCGAAUGCAAAAUCGAUGGGAAACAGAAAUUUUACAUCGUGAAGUACCUCGAACAACACGAACUGAACGUACUCGUGAUCGUUGGGGAACAUCAAAUGAUGAUCAAACUCCAUUAUCUGAUACAAAUCGAUCAACGAUGAUGACUCAACAAUUAAAACCGUUAACAACAUCCAUUGAUAGUCAUACCGUUCCGUCCAGUUGUUUUAGACGUGCGUCAACUAAUAUUGAGUCUAUCUCACCGCCGCCUUCUCAUGCAAAUGAAACACCAGUAUUUACACGAGCUGUAUUUACUCAUCAAAGAAAUUCAAUUAGUAACGGUGCAAUUGAAACAUUAGCACGUCAAAUUAAUUUAUCAACAAUGAAUGGAAAUGAUGCAUCAUUAACAAAUGGUCAACCAACUGUGAUUGUAAAAGAUACUAAAGUAAUACCAUCCUCAGAACUUAUUGGUGCAGUAACAAGAGCAAAAGAUGGUUUACAAGCAGCAUCAAUUAAAACACCUCAAAUCUCAGCAACGUGUUUUGUGCUGCCUGGUCCAUUGCCUGAUACAUUAUUAUCAAAACCUCUAUCAGAUAAUGAUCUACAAUGGGAAUAUGUUGUUGGAAAAGUAUCAGACCGUAAAUUACGUGUACAAGAUCUUAAUUUCGAAGAACUGGAUGAACAAGAUGAUAUAGGCAUUAUGACUGUCGUUGCUAAUCGAGGAGGACCACCUCCACCACCACCAAUGAUGAAUGGAAAUGGGCCUCCUCCUCCUCCUCCACCACCACCUCCACCUCCACCAAUGAUAGGAUGCCCUCCUCCACCGCCGCCUCCACCUCCACCUCCACCAUCGAUAGGAUACCCUCCUCCACCUCCAUUUCUACCGCGAGGCAUGGGGCCAUCAUCACUAGCCAUGAGUAAUGGUGGUAUCGGUGGGGAAUCAUUAUCAUCAAAACCAUCAUCAAUUAGUAAAUCAGUAAAAACUGUACGUUUACAUUGGCGUGAGACAGCUCCAAAUACAAUGCUAACAGCGCCCGGAGCGAAUGAUUCUCUUUGGACAUCAUUGAGUAAAAUCAAAUUAGAUACCGACAAAAUAGCACACUUAUUCGAAUUGAAACAAGCUGAAGUUAAAAUAAAGAAAAGUGGUGAUGUAAAAAAAGAAAUAACUGUACUCGAUCCAAAACGUUCAAAUGCAAUUAAUAUUGGUCUAACAGUUUUACCUACAGCUCGAACAAUCAAAGCAGCAAUUUUAAAAAUGGAUAGUAGUGUUAUUAAUAAAGAAGGCAUUGAGAAAUUAUUAACAAUGCUUCCAACAGAAGAAGAAAAAAAUCGUAUAAUAGAAGCUCAAAUGGCUAAUAGUGAGAUACCAUUAGGCAAUGCUGAAUAUUUUCUAUUAACAAUUGGAGCCGUUAUUGAAUUAGAAGCUCGUUUAAAGUUAUGGUUAUUUAAACUUGAUUUUGAUAAUAUUGAAUUGGAAAUUGCUGAACCAUUAAUGGAUAUAAAAAAUGGAAUGAAAAAUUUAAAAGAGAAUAUAACAUUUCGACGUAUACUUGAAAUUCUUCUUGCUGUUGGUAAUUUUCUUAAUGGAGCUGAAUCAAUCGGUUUUCAACUUGAUUAUCUCGCUAAAGUUCCUGAAGUUAAAGAUACUAUACAAAAACAUUCAUUAUUAUUUCAUGUGUGCAAUAUUGUCGUUGAAAAAUAUCCUGAUACAAGUGAUUUCUAUUCAGAAAUCGGUGAAAUAACACGAUGUUCGAAAAUUGAUUUUGAUGAACUUGAACAAAAAUUAAAUAAACUUGAAAAUGAUUGUCGAGCAGCAUUUGAACAUUUACGAGCUAUUAGUAAACAUGAAACAUUACAAAUUAAAACAAAAUUGGCAGAGUUUCUGACUGAUUGUGCCGAACGUGUUUGUUUAUUGAGAGUUAUACAUAAUCGUGUGUUAAAUCGUUUUCGAAGAUUUCUUCUUUGGCUUGGUUAUCCUCUUAGUAUAAUACAAGAAACAAAAAUAACACAAUUUUGUAAAAUUCUUAGUGAAUUUGCACUUGAAUAUCGAACAACACGUGAACGUAUAACGACACAAAAACAAAAAAAACAAAAUCGGGGUGAACGAAAUAAAACAAGAGGCAAAUUAAUAACUGAGAUUAUUUCAGAAAAAGGCAAUCCACUUAAAGAUGUUUUAAUGAAUGGUUUUCGAACAGAUGAUGAAUCUAGUUCUUGCUAUCAACCAGUAAAAGGAAAAACUUCUUCAUCAACUAUUCCACAUGAUUAUGAUAUUCAACCAUCAUCUUCUACCUCAGAUAAGGGCUCAAGACAACAAUUCAAUCAAAAAAAUGCUCAACCAAAUAUGUUAAGUGAUCUAGCAGCCGUAGUAAGAAGUACAUCAAAAGAUGGUCAAGUUAUGCCUGGUUAUCGAUUACGACAAAAAGCAUCUGCGAAUAAUCUACAAAAAUCAUCCGUAUCAAAUUCAUCAACAGUGAAUACAAUGCAAUCGACUAAAUCCAAUGACACUGAAGGGUUUGAUACAAGUGAUGAAUUACUUGAUACUCUUGUUAGAAAUGCGGCAUUAACAACAACAAAAGAUGUAAUAAAACAACGUCGAAUAGCUCGAUAUGCCCAACGUCAAUCAUUACGACGAACACUUCAAAUAAAUCUGAAUGAAGAAGAACAAGUUCAAGUAGGUGUAACAAUGAAUAUUAUCAAAAGUACAACAGGAUUAUUUCUAUGCAAGUUUAUAAAACGCUAUGCAUCAUCACAAGCUUUAGCCACUGAAUUAAAGAGUAUUGUGGGAAAUGACAAUGUCGCAACCAGUACAGCUAUUCGAGAACAACAUAGCCAUGAUGAAUCAUAUCAUGCAGGUCAUCAGCCUGACGUUGUUGCUUUUGCACAAAGUACAGAACAUGUUUCAAAAAUUGUUAAAUAUUGUGCAUCUAAACGUAUUCCUAUUAUACCAUUUGGUACUGGUACUGGGUUAGAAGGUGGUGUUACUGCUCUUAAAGGUGGUGUAUGUCUUGAUUUGAGUCGUAUGGAUAAAGUGUUAUCAGUAAAUGCUGAAGAUUUCGAUUGCACAGUUCAAGCUGGUGUUACUCGAAAUGCAUUGAAUUCUUAUAUUCGUGAUACUGGUCUUCAAUUUCCAAUAGAUCCUGGUGAUAAUGCAUCUCUUGGUGGUAUGUGUGCAACAAGUGCAUCAGGAACAAUGGCUGUUCGAUAUGGUACAAUGCGUGAAAAUGUGAUGAACUUAGAAGUAGUUUUAGCUGAUGGUAGUAUUAUUAAAACAGCUGGACUUAAAGGAAGAAGUCGAAAAACAUCAGCAGGUUAUAAUUUAACUAAUUUAUUUGUUGGUCAAGAAGGUACAUUGGGUAUUAUUACUGAAGCAACACUUAAAUUACAUGCAACACCUGAAGCAGUUCUUUCUGCUAUUGCUCCAUUCAAAGAUUUGCAAGGUGCAGUGAAUGCUACAGUAGCUAUUAUGCAAAGUGGUCUACCUGUUGCACGAAUAGAAUUUCUUGAUGACAAGAUGGUUGAUGCUUGUAAUCAUUUUUCAAAACUGAAUCUUGAUGUAGCACCAACAUUAUUUCUUGAAUUUCAUGGUAGUAAUAAUAAUAUUAAAGCUCAAGGACAAAUAGCAGAUGUUUGCGUUCCGAUUAGUGCUUUGCCUAAUAUGAUUUCAUUUGCAAAAAACGAAUUAAAACAAUUACAAUUAUUAGGAUUGACUUUAGGUCAUGUUGGUGAUGGAAAUUUUCAUGUAAUAUUAAUUGUUGAUCCAAAAAAUUUAGAAGAAAUUAAACGUGUUCAUGAAUUUGCUACUAUUUUAGCCACCGAAUCACUACAUAUGAAUGGGACUAUCACUGGUGAACAUGGUAUUGGUCUAGGAAAAAAACAAUUACUUAUCGAUGAAUUUGGAUUACAAGGAAUUAAUACUAUGAAAAUCAUCAAAAAAGCACUUGAUCCAUUAAAUAUUCUUAAUCCUGGAAAAUUUACCCAACGAUAUGCAUCAUCACAAACUUUAUCUACUGAUUUAAAGAGUAUUGUCGGCAAUGAUAAUGUUUCAACUACUGCAGCUGUUCGAGAACAACAUAGCCAUGAUGAAUCAUAUCAUGCAGGUCAUCAACCUGAUGUUGUUGUUUUUGCACAAAGUACAGAACAUGUUUCAAAAAUUGUUAAAUAUUGUGCAUCUAAACGUAUUCCUAUUAUACCAUUUGGUACUGGUACUGGGUUAGAAGGUGGUGUUACUGCUCUUAAAGGUGGUGUAUGUCUUGAUUUGAGUCGUAUGGAUAAAGUGUUAUCAGUAAAUGCUGAAGAUUUCGAUUGCACAGUUCAAGCUGGUGUUACUCGAAAUGCAUUGAAUUCUUAUAUUCGUGAUACUGGUCUUCAAUUUCCAAUAGAUCCUGGUGAUAAUGCAUCUCUUGGUGGUAUGUGUGCAACAAGUGCAUCAGGAACAAUGGCUGUUCGAUAUGGUACAAUGCGUGAAAAUGUGAUGAACUUAGAAGUAGUUUUAGCUGAUGGUAGUAUUAUUAAAACAGCUGGACUUAAAGGAAGAAGUCGAAAAACAUCAGCAGGUUAUAAUUUAACUAAUUUAUUUGUUGGUCAAGAAGGUACAUUGGGUAUUAUUACUGAAGCAACACUUAAAUUACAUGCAACACCUGAAGCAGUUCUUUCUGCUAUUGCUCCAUUCAAAGAUUUGCAAGGUGCAGUGAAUGCUACAGUAGCUAUUAUGCAAAGUGGUCUACCUGUUGCACGAAUAGAAUUUCUUGAUGACAAGAUGGUUGAUGCUUGUAAUCAUUUUUCAAAACUGAAUCUUGAUGUAGCACCAACAUUAUUUCUUGAAUUUCAUGGUAGUAAUAAUAAUAUUGAAAAUUUUUUUCGAUUUAUAGAAGAUAUAUGCAAAUCAUUUGAAUGUUUUAAAUUUGAUUUUGCUACAGAUCCUGAUAAACGUGCCGAACUAUGGAAGGCAAGACAUAAUGCAUGGUAUGCUGCUCAAGCUAUCAAACCAGGUUCAAAGGGCUACAGUACUGACGUUUGCGUUCCAAUUAGCGCUUUGCCUGGGAUAGUCACAUUUGCAAAAGAUGAAUUAAAACGAUUGAAUUUAUUAGGACCUAUUGUUGGUCAUGUCGGUGAUGGAAAUUUCCAUGUAUUCGUUAUUGUUGAUCCAACAAAUCCUAAAGAAAUCGAAUUGGUUCAUCAAUAUAGUGUGGCUUUGGCUAAAGAAGCAUUACGUGUAAGUGGUACAGUAACCGGUGAACAUGGUGUAGGACUUGGAAAGAAACAAUUAUUAAUUGAUGAAUUUGGAACAGCAGGAAUAAAUGCAAUGAAAGCAAUUAAACAAGCACUUGAUCCAUUGAAUAUUCUUAAUCCUGACAAAGUUUUAUAA